AUGUUCUGCAAGAAACCGACUUUUCUGCUUUCCUUUGUUGUGUCACACACCCACACAGAGUCCGUGCUGCCCUCUGCUGUUGGAGCACAAGGAAGCUCCUCUGGAGACACCAGACAAGCUCCAGGGAUCAUUAGGCAGACCACGCCCACAUCUUGGGGCAAUCAACGACUGACACACCUGGCAUUGAUGAAGGACGGCAGGAUAAGAACGAUCGAUGCUGACUCUUCGACUGCUCAGUACUUGGACUACUUGGACUACCUGCAGGGAGCAGCUGCCGUGCAUCCAGCGGAGGACUUUGCUGCGGCCGAGAAAAACUAUAAUAAAGAGUUCCACCUGCUGGCUACGGUGUUCGAUGAAAACCUGAGCUGGUAUCUGGAAGACAACAUCCGGGCCUUCACCACAGCUCCCACCACGGUGAACAAAGAGGAUGAGGGCUUUAUCGAGAGCAACAAAAUGCACGCCAUCAAUGGAUUUAUAUACGGGAACCUCAAAGGCCUUACCAUGUGUAAGGGGGACAAAGUGACGUGGCACCUGUCAGGACUGGGCUCGGAGACGGACAUCAACAGUUUUUACUUCCAGGGGAACCGCUUCAUCUUCCGCCAAAACAGAAUGGACACCAUUUCGGUUUUUCCGCACAUCUCCCACACGGUGACCAUGGAGCCAGACAGCAUGGGUCAGUUUGAGGUUUCAUCUCCGACGGUCAAUCAUUACCGGGGAGGAAUGCGAGCCAACUACACGGUGCAGAAGUGCAGCUUCUUCCAGCGGCAGGGUGAGACCAUGCUCCAUUCCAAAACCUACUACAUCGCUGCCAUGGAGGUGGACUGGGACUACUCUCCGAACCGUACUUGGGAGGCUGAGAUGUACCGAGGUCAGCAAAGUCCGGCGACAGUUUUCCUGGACCAGCAAGGCGGCUUCAUCGGCUCUCGCUACAAGAAGGUUGUCUACCGCCAGUUCGCCAACGACAAGUUCUCCAAGCAGGUGGAACGAGGCGCGGACAUGGAACACCUCGGCGUCAUGGGUCCAAUGAUCCACGCUGAUGUUGGAGACAAAGUCAAAGUGGUUUUCAAGAACAUGGCCUCCAGACCUUACUCCAUCCACGCCCAUGGAGUCAAGACGGAAAACCCGACUGUGUACCACACCAAACCAGGUGAGACUCACAGCUAUGAGUGGUAUGUCACUAAGACCACAGGACCAACCACGGAGCAGGAGGAGUGCUCCGUGUCAGCAUACUACUCCACUGUGGAUGUUGCCAAGGAUCUGUACAGUGGUCUGAUCGGUCCCUUGGUCAUCUGUCGCCGCAGCUGGGCCAGGACUUUGGGCCUGAAGAAGGAAAUUGAAGAGUUUGCGCUGCUGUUCCUGGUCUUUGAUGAGAAUGAAAGCUGGUAUUUGGAUGACAACAUCAGGACUCACAUCAGGAACCCACGACAGAACUUGAAGGAUGACGAAACCUUCAUAGAAAGCAACAAGAUGCACGCCAUUAAUGGUUUGGUAUACGCCAACCUCAACGGCUUGAACAUGGAGGUCGGCGACAAGGUCUACUGGUACCUGAUGGGGAUGGGCAACGAGGUGGACAUACACGGUGUACACUGGCAUGGUCACAGUGUGGAAUAUAAGCUGGGCGGAGGCCCGCAUACAACUGAUGUCUUCCAGCUUUUCCCGGCCACCUUCCAGACUGUAAAAAUGCGGCCGCAGUACCCGGGCAGGUGGAUGCUGCACUGUCACGUGACCGACCACAUCAAGGCUGGCACGGUGGCCAUGUACACCGUCAAAGAAAAAGCGGCGAGGAGUAAGUUCCUUGGUUGAGAAUGUGAAGAAAAAGGAUCAAGCUGGACCCAGACAUGUUUUAUUUGAGCUUAUUAGAAUGACUUGGAACACUGGUGAUAACAGUCUUUUGGCAGCAGGGGGCGCUCUGACUACAACUAUAAAGAAUUCAUUUUGCAACACCUGGAAGUACCUCAAGUCUAAAGAUGUUCUAAAUGAAUCAAAAGGUAUCUUUUUUUGUCUCCUUACCAAAAUAAAGUUAAUUUGAAAUAUUA